ACACAGUUGUAGAGAGAGAGAGGGAUGAAGGGAAACUGCGUCACUGAUCCGAACCUCCUCCUGGUUCGGGGAGACUCCCUCCCCCUGCUGUUUUAGAGUGAGGGUGAGAGAGAAGGUGGACAUGGUGGAGAGCUAUGUGGUGGUCCACAACGUUGCCAAGCGCCACAAUAUUGGGACCAUGGCGCGUAGCGCCACUGCCUUUGGUGUUGCAGAGUUCAUACUCGUUGGAAGAAGAGAUUUCAACUCAUUUGGGAGCCAUGGAUCCACUCCUUACCUCCAUUUUCGGCAAUUCCAUUCUCUCUCUGAAACUCGCCUUUACCUCAAGGAAAAGGAUUGUGAUAUUUGUGGUGUAGAGAUUGUUGAUGGAGCUAUCCCUGUCAAUCAUCAACCUUUUAAGAAGAGUACUGCAUUUUUACUCGGUAAUGAGGUGAUGCUUCCUUUUAUUGCUGAAAUUUUCAUAGUUCUCAUUCCCUGCAAAUGUCAUUGGCGUUGCAUUUCAUGUUCUCGUGUUACAAUGACUAUGGAUAUAAUAUAUUCACUUAGCUUUCAAAAGUCACAUUGUUAUUUCUUAAAGAGAAGUGGGGUACUAUAUUAUUGGAUAAUCUACGCUAUUCGGUUUGCUAGUGUUGUGCUGUUUCUUGGUUUGCUGAAAUCUGUGUUCUAGUAUGGAGAUCAAAGAAGGAAAUGUAUACAAUGAGAUUAUUUACUUUUGAUAUAGGCAGGUCACAAUUAUCAUAAAUUGUUAGAUUUGAAAUCGCGUGGCUGAAGAUGUGUCAUUGUUUGGGCACAAGUCUAAAAUAAAU